AUGAUAUCUAGCCAUACACCAGCUCGUACAGCGAAUCUCUUGAGAGUGAUACUUGCUUUCUUUGGGAGCUAUGCACACAGUAUAAAAAUGAUAGUCCGGCCACACUCAGUAGAAUGUUUCACAGAACACCCUGGCGAGUCGCAUGACUUGGUGACGGGUUCUUUUUUUGUCGAAAGUUUGAAUGGAUUUAAUGGGAAAGAAUCGAGCUUUGAUUUGACGGUCACGGAUCCGCACUCAAAAGAGAUUUACAACGCAAUCGGUGAAACAGAACAUAAGUUUGAGUAUCAAGCAAAUACAGCUGGUGUUUACACGGUAUGUUUUACGAAUAUGGGAGAUAGAAGUGAACAACUUACUUAUUUUAGUCACACUGGGCAUCAUUGGGAUCAUGGAAAAGCCACGAAAAAACAUUUAGACCCAGUUUUAGAGGCUCUUCAAAACUUAGAUGCUCAAGUUGCACAAGUUUCGGAAGAUUCGAAAUACCACAAACAUAGAGCAGUGCGCCACGCGCGUACAACCACCAGUACUCAAAGCAGAGUCAAGUUAAUGGCAUUACUAGAAAGUGCAGUUAUGAUUCUAGCUGCAGUUUUUCAGUUAUUUUUUGUGAAACGACUUUUUAGAAAACGAGAAAGCUUUGAUUAUGGUAGAGUUGAUCGUAAUAGAUAUAGUAUUUAA